UAUUUUUCCGCAUUUCCAAGAUAAACAGACAGACAGACAGUUCGUGGAGUUUAGAAAGUUCGAUGACGAAUUUAUCGUUAGAUCGAUAAUUUGGAAAAGCUGGUAACAAAUUGAAAUACAUUUAGAUGGAGUGAAAUGUGCCUGAAACAUGGAGACGAUGGAGAAUAAUACUGACAACAUUUUGGGCCAAAAUAUGGAGUCAGUCGAGUUUGGGAUAAUUAACAAUGACACGUUCAUGGAAACUGAGAUACUGGAAGAGCAGGAUACCGUCACCAUAAUGUCAAUUUUGGUAGUAGGGGUGUUCCUCUCAUUGUUGAUCUUCCUGUCCGUGGCAGGCAACAUAUUGGUCUGCGUAGCUAUUUACACCGAUCGCGGUCUACGUCGCAUCGGCAACCUGUUCCUCGCCUCCUUGGCGAUAGCCGACCUCUUCGUCGCCUCCCUGGUGAUGACUUUCGCCGGUGUCAACGAUUUACUGGGUUACUGGAUUUUCGGAGCCCAAUUUUGCGACACCUGGGUAGCUUUCGAUGUCAUGUGCAGCACCGCCAGCAUCCUCAAUCUGUGUGCUAUCUCUUUGGAUCGGUACAUACACAUCAAAGAUCCACUCAGAUAUGGAAGAUGGGUGACGAGACGAGUGGCCCUGGGAACAAUAGCAACGAUAUGGCUUCUGGCGGCGCUAAUAUCGUUCGUUCCGAUUUCGUUGGGGUUGCACCGUCCGCCCCAACCCCUGGUCUACAACGCCGGCGGCCAGAACUACCCCACCUGCGCCCUCGAUCUCACCCCCACUUACGCGGUCGUCUCUAGUUGCAUCUCGUUCUACGUGCCGUGCAUCGUCAUGAUCGGUAUCUACUGCAGACUGUACUGCUACGCCCAGAAGCACGUGAAGAACAUUCGCGCAAUCACCCGACCAAUCGACCUGCCCGACACGACCACCAAAAAGAAGAGCAUGAAACAGAAGAACAAGGCGCUGCACAUCCAUCUGCACAACCAUCACAGCUCUCCGUACCACGUGAGCGAUCACAAAGCUGCCAUCACUGUGGGUAUCAUAAUGGGCGUGUUUCUUAUCUGCUGGGUGCCGUUCUUCUGCAUCAACAUCGUGGCCGCGUUCUGCAAGACCUGCAUUCCCGACAUCACGUUCAAGAUUUUAACGUGGCUCGGCUAUUCGAACUCGGCCUUCAAUCCGAUCAUCUACUCCAUCUUCAACACAGAGUUUAGAGAAGCGUUCAAACGCAUCCUGACCGCCCAUUACCCGUCGUGGUGCAAGUGCGGCUAUCAAUCGGUGUCGCUGAACACGAACGACAAAUUCAUCACGGACUAUGGCACCAAGACGUUGGUGGUGAACGCGCGCAGAAACGGUUCAUUUGGUGAGUUUUCAAGUGAACACUUGAGUACUGAGUCGGUGCGGCAGACGCGCGUGAACUCUGCGGAAAAGGAUCUCUUUGGCGAAGAUGUGAGCGCCAUUUGACAGGACUGCGACAACCUGCAGGACACUAUGGUUUAGUGCUGCGGGGGUGCAAUACUUCCAUGUACAUAGAACUUAACAAGUGAUGCCGGAACUGUUUUGGUGGUGAAGAUACUCUCAACUUGACUGCAUAUGUUCAUGAAAGUUGUACGAAAAUCCAGUUGUAGACCUGCACUUGAAACAUGCAACAAAAGAGACAUUUUUGAAAGGCUGUGCGCUUAAAACACUAAAAUCCAUAAAGAACCUUCGAUUUUCUCCGAUGAGGGAUGGAAAACGUUCGGAAGUGUAAGAAAAUGAGAAAACCCAAUAUGAAAUUACUGGAAACUCACUUACUGAAACGAAAUAAGCUUAGUAGAAAACCACUUUUCGGGUUAACUUGGUAUUUUUAUGCCAAGGAGAUUUUUGCAUUUCAAUUUCUUAUACUUGGAUUUCAGGAUCGUAACUGGGAUUAGCCGAAAUUGCCCACCUUUUGUAAACGUUGAUGUGUAUUUUCGUAGGCUUGUAAAUAUCAUUUUUCACGUCACAUUCGAUUUUCUUUCGUCAAACAUCGAAGGAUCAAUUACACAAACGAUUUUCCGACACACUCUAAUCCGAGUUACGUUCCUAGUCACAUUUCAUUGUACAAAUUUCCAACCUGUUUCACGUGGUUCUGUCCACUAUUCGUUGUAAGCUUUUUGGGGGUGUGGAGACCAAAGAAAAAUCUGUGAUUUGUUUGUAUAUAACGAGUUUAAUGUUAGUUUUUUUUGUACAUGUAUACAUUUGUACCUGAUUCCAAUGCUAUACACAUAUCGUUUUAUUAUUUCUAUGAUUAUCGUACAAUAGUACAACUAUACUUAUAUACUCCUUUUUAUGCAUUUGACAAGAUGGUCCUAUUUAAAUAGAUUAGAAAUGUCCUUUUACAAAUUCUUCUAGACUCUAAUCUAAUACUUCCACCUUGUCAAAUCACUACUAAAAUAUUUUUUUACAUAAAUUUACAACGUUUUGCGAUCCUAUUGAUUGAUUCGGGUCGCUCCACCCUAAACAAGCACCAAAAUUGUACAGUAAUUGCGAAUUAACCUAAUAAACCUUUCUGUUAUUUCCAGCUGACGUUAGCAAUAUUUUGGGGUUGUGAUUCUUUGUAACUGUAUUAAAAAUGUUUUUCAAAUGCAAAUUCAAAUAAACGACCCUUCACUCUUCGUUGUCGUUGUGCGUUAUUUCCAUCCGGCGGAAAUUGACCGAAAACCAUCGAUUAUGUUUUGAUUUUGACAAGGGUUAUACCGUGAAAACCUUUUUUGAGUUUUCUAUCACGUAAUAAAAAGUUUUCAGACAGAUAAAUUUUGCGUACAAAAAGAUAUAUUGUAUAACGCAUAACGAUAACUCAUACUCGUUACGUUUAAGGCAUUUGGUGGAAACUGGUUAAUAAAUUGUAAAUAAACAUAAAAAAAUUCUAUUAUCUAUAUCACACGUUCUUAAUAGACUCUAAGAUACAGGGUUAUUAUGUGUACUCUAUCAAUUCGGAUAAAAAAUUAUAAAAGUUGUAGAAUGAUAAAAUCAUAAAAAACAUAACAUAUCUGUUCAUAAAACACUAUUGUAAAUAAAUGUAGCUCAAAUAUUUUUCUCUCCAAAAAAGCUAUUGUAAAAACUGAAUGUUUUAUACCCUUACUGGAUGUAACUAUUUAAAUAUACAUUGUAUAUAAAGAACUAAAUAAAUGAAUUGUUAUGAUCU